AUGGAGCCGUGGCACCCUGUCCUCGAGACCCCCGACGACUGGGCUGCGCACCCGGCCUGGCGCUGGCCGUGGUGGAAGCUCGGCCUGCAGCCCAACGACCUCUUCACCUCUCUCCACGAGCAAUACAACACCUACCGCGCACCCCUCCAGGACUUUGAGGCCUUCCACCACGACAUCAGCGAGGCCGCCGCCGCCGCCGCCGACACCGCCGACUUCCACCGCCGCAUGGCCAUCCGCCAAAAGGAGCGCCUCACCGAGAUGAUUGCCGCGCUCGACCACGUCGCCCUCCGCGUGACUGCCUCGCCGGGUGUCUUUGAUGGCGCAUCCUCCGCCAGCACCUGGGCCGAUAGCGUCGCCUUCUUCCGCCACCGCUCGCUCGAUGCCAUCGUCCGAUUCUUUGGUGGGCUCGUCGCCCGUGAGGACGGAGAGGCCGCGCUGCCCGCUGUUACCGAGACCGAAUCCAAACCCACAGUGCAGGAGCCGUUGACGCCACCGCCGCUUGACGACGAGGCCGACCUCUCGCUGGUCAGCACGGUCGAGGACUCGAUGACUUCGGACAGCGACAGCUCGGUCAUCGACCAGCAUACUCUGCGCCCAGAGAUUGUGGGCAACGACUCGCCACUGCGUGCGUCGCCGAGGCUGAGGCAGUUUGUCCUACCCGAGCUCGCGCCUGGCGAGACCUGCUACGCGGUAUUCGUUGAGGUCAGCAGAGACGAGGACGAAAGAAGGAAGAGCGACAGCACCGAUGAAGCGGAAGAGCAAUGGGACGAGUACGCGGCACAAGAGACAGCGGAUUACUUGAUGCGGUUUGAGAUCGCGAAAGAUGAACAUUAUACAUUGACGGAUAGUCGACGAGGCAAACGGGCGCCGUCCAUGUGA